CGGCUACAUAUCUGGCAUUUUCCGCUUUUCGCGCUAUGGCUAACCGUUGGGGUCGUAAUGCACCUUAUGGUGGUGGUUAUAUGGGCUCUGGGGGCAUGGGUGGGGUAGGGUUUUACAUGGGCGGCCCGCCCUCAGCGGAUCGCCGGCCGUACAACCCAUCUCCUGCUCCGAAACCGUUCUACGGUGGUUAUAGAGAGGAAAACUAUGGUCGUCGGUCCGACCGGCGUGACGAUUUCCGCGGUGGUAAACGCGGGCCACCCAAAGGGAGGAGUCCUGUCGAAAAACGCCCUUUUCAUGACGCCCCGGCACCACGCAGGGACCACCGGUCUUUUGGCAAGCGACAAACGCCUUUUGGCAAGUAUGAGGUUAAGAUACCAAAAGCCCUCUUUAAUAUCAAAACCCGGGGAUUUUCUGAGUUGCGACACAACUAUCCGCGUUUGAACGUUGCGACCGACUUUUACGAGUGUGAGUCAACUUGGUGUGACUCGUUCCCGAUGCAUAGCCCGUUUAAGCUGGGCAAUGCGACGGACUAUCACGUUUUCCAUCGUGAUGUUGACCCUCCGGUCCCUGCGGAUACGAACCUGCUUAAUCCUCCGGACGCUGAUUACUCCUACUCCGCCAGGGUGAUGCUCAUGGCAUGUCCGCAGCUCGCCGAAUUGUACAAAAAUACCUGUCACAUGGCAGACGACGUUAGCGGCACUGAUAAGGUUCCUCCUGGAAAAAAUAUACAUUUUCUUGUUGGUGGUCGUGCUAAAAGUGAGACCAUGGCAAUUGGUGGUCCGUGGUCGCCAAGCAUGGAUGGAGCCGACCCCUGUGGUGACCCUCGAACCCUGAUUAACACUGCCAUCCGAACAUUUAAAGGAUAUACUGGACUAGAUUUGUCCUCAUGCACUGAAUGGAUCCGCUUCAUGGAGAUCAGGUAUUAUCGCUUUGCGGAUACCAAAGCCCCCGCGUUUACCGGUGAUGAUGAGGAGCGUCUGGUUACAACCGAACGCCCAGAAGUGGUUGUUUUCUUCAUUCCAAACGCUUCCCACUUGAUUCCAAGUGAUGAGGAGUGGGCGAAGGUCAAGGAACAUUACUCGUCCGUGUUGCAGGCUCUUCUGUCGCCAGAACAGAAGCCAGAAGUUGAAGCGACACCAGGUGCUGACGUACCGGACGUUGAGACAUCGGUCGUGGAUGCCAGUAUGGAUGAUGGCGAUGAGGCAGGCACAAGGUCUGACAUGGAGCCUACACACUAUUCGAAGUUGGAUGCCAAUUCGCUUAAGGUCAAUGAGCUCCGCAACGAGCUGGCUGCGCGUAAUCUCGACACCAAAGGAUUAAAAGUCAAUUUGGUUGCCCGUCUACAAGCUGCUCUAGACGAAGAGAAAAAGGCAGACAUACCAGAGGAAAACAAGACUGCUGAAGAUACCAAAGCGGAGGAAACACCAGCUAAGGCCACGACACCAACGCAGUCGAAGGAUGAAUCAAAGGAUCUGUCUGAGAAAGAGCGCCGACGGUUGGAACGCCUCUAUCGUCUGAACGACAAACCGGCUAUCAUAAUCCAUCCCAACAAGAGCGCCAGGGGAGGCCGCUUUGAUUGUCAUCGUGUUUCACUCUUCUCCCUGCUUGAUUACCGCACGGAAGAGCAGAAGGAACAGAAUUUUGAGGUCUCCUUAUUUGCUGAGCAAUUCCAUGAGAUGCUUCAGCGUGACUGCGCCUUCACGAUCUUCAAGGCCAUUAAUGAUGCGCCUGAAAAGGAACAUAAAUCUGAACAAGACGGAAAGCUCGAAAAUGGUAUCGAAGACGAAGAGGAGAAAGAACCUGACGUGAAGCGACGCCGUAACGAAGGUCCGGGGUCGAUUGAGCAUGAGGGUGACGAGCCAAAAGUUCGCCGUUUGCGCAGAACGACCCAACCGGAUCUGCUGUUCGCCUUCAGCUACUACGAUCUGGGUCAUUCGGGGUACAUCAGGGAGCACGACCUCGCGGAGAUUUUGCAUCUUCUCGGCUUACGUUACUCAAAGGCCCAAAUGCGAAGACUCGUUACCAAGGUGGUGACUCGAAGGGAUCACGUGCAAUAUCACCAGUUGACAGACAGCGACAUAACCGAGGGUGAUGACAAGGAUGUGGUCACCAUUAAAGCGGCCGAGGCGGAGGAUAUUGAGGUCGUCAAAAUGCUGGCACUCGGUAAUCGGGCGCUCUUUGACGCUGAGCAACCCCAGGUUCCAGCCAAGAUCAUUUUGGGUGGUGGGGACUCGCGUGCCAUCACCCAGCGUUUGGAGAAGGCCGAGGAGUUGAGGCGUGCAAUGGAAUAUCAGUUCUUCCGCAUCAAAGAUGAGCUAGAGAAAACGCGCACCCAGUUGAACUCGUUCAAAGACACAGAGGAUGAAUUGCGGGCUGAAAACAGGGAUUUGAACUCACGCUUGAAGACUGAGCAAAAACAACUGCAUGAGCACCGUUCUCUGUCAGGCACAUAUCAUCAUCUGCUGCGCAACGCAAGAGAUCAGCUAGAUCGAGUGUUGUUCGAUAUCAAUAAGCAGUUCGAGAAGGAAAAGGCCAAACGUGACGCCGAAAAGGCAGCAGCAGCUGAAGCAGAAAAAGUUGAGGGAGAAGCUGACAAGAAGGAACCCGACGCGGACGGUGAUAAAAUUGGAGACUCCGAGGACAAAGCCGAAGAAAAGGAGUGGGAAGUGGUGGACACUGUAUAA